GGAAUGAUUUGGGAACAGUCGCUGGUACACUGGUACACUCUGAUGCUGCUCCUCCUGAACGUUCCUCUCUCAACAACUCUCACCUCCUUUUUCUUCAGUCUUAGCUAGCUGUCAUAGUUGAAAUCCAGAUGAGACAUCUUUCAUGUUGCUGGAUGCUGCUGGGAUAAGUUUUUGACUUGCCUUUUAAGGAAUAUUUGCAGGAUUAUUCACCCUAUGGAUUUGGGAGGACUUCUUUUUCUGGAUUUACUCUACAGGGAACAUCUUGUUCAGUUGUGAACCUCUCUUGGUACCAUCUGCUGUGCCGUUUGGAGAAGUUCUGUCCGCCUUCGCCUCAGAAUUCCGACUCAACCGAGUCUGUCCAUAGGAUUCUCUUGGGUAGUGGGAAUUUCUCCCUUUCUCUCCCUUACUCUGUGUAAACAUGAGGAAGAAACUGCUGUACAUGUCAUGCAAAUAACACAGUGAUGUGCAGUUGUCCUUGUUUCCCCUUGUGGAUUGCAUCCUGCUGUGGUGUCUCUGUGCUCUUCCUGGUUGUGUGAAGCUAUGGGUUGUGUGUUCUCUCUUCCGGAGGACCGGCUUGCAGCUGCAGACAGGGCACCAGCUGCAAGAGAAACCAGCUUCAUUGAAAAGAUGAAGAAAACGGGCAAAAACAUUGUGGUCUUCUACGGUUCACAAACGGGCACAGGCGAAGAAUUUGCAAACAGGCUGUCUAAAGAUGCCCAGCGAUAUGGCAUGAAGGGUAUGGCAGCGGAUCCAGAAGAAUAUGACAUGAGUGAACUCUCUCGUUUAAAAGAGAUUGACAACUCCUUGGCCAUUUUCUGCAUGGCCACUUACGGAGAAGGAGACCCUACGGAUAAUGCCCAGGACUUUUAUGACUGGUUACAGGAGAGUGACGCUGACCUGGAUGGAGUUAAUUUCACAGUGUUUGCACUUGGCAAUAAAACAUAUGAGCAUUACAAUGCCAUGGGCAAGUAUGUAGACAAAAGGUUAUCAGAGCUGGGUGCCAAGAGGAUUUUUGACCUGGGCAUGGGAGAUGAUGAUGGCAAUCUCGAGGAGGACUUUGUGUCAUGGAGAGAGCAGUUCUGGCCGGCUGUGUGUGAACAUUUCGGUGUUGAAGCAACUGGAGAAGAGUCCAGCAUUCGUCAGUAUGAGCUAAAGGUCCAUGAAGACUUAAAUAUGAAUAAGAUCUACACAGGAGAGCUGGGACGCCUGAAGAGCUUUGAAAACCAGAAACCGCCUUUUGAUUCUAAGAAUCCAUUCUUAUCCCCUGUCACUGUUAACCGCAAGCUCAACAAAGGAGGUGACCGGCACUUGAUGCACUUGGAGCUGGACAUUACUGGAUCUAAGAUCAGGUAUGAAUCAGGAGACCACGUGGCUGUGUAUCCCACCAAUGAUUCCAAUAUCGUGAACAAGCUGGGGGAAGUCCUUGGCGUGGACCUUGAUACUGUUAUCUCCCUGAACAACCUUGACGAGGAGUCUAAUAAGAAGCAUCCCUUCCCAUGCCCAACCACAUACCGCACAGCCCUGACUCACUACCUGGACGUCACAAGCUGCCCACGUACCAAUGUCCUUUAUGAGCUAGCCCAGUAUGCCUCUGACCCCAAGGACCAAGAGAAUAUGCGCAAGAUGGCUUCCUCUUCACCUGAGGGCAAGGCACUGUACCAGACCUGGGUGCUGGACUCAAGCAGGAAUAUUCUGGCCAUUCUGGAGGAUCUACCAUCCUUAAGGCCACCCAUUGACCAUCUGUGUGAGCUUCUGCCUCGCCUACAGGCUCGUUAUUACUCAAUCGCCUCCUCUUCCAAGGUGCAUCCCAAUAGCAUCCACAUCUGCGCAGUGGUGGUGGAGUACCAGACAAAGACAGGCCGCACCAACAAGGGUGUUGCCACAAACUGGCUGAAGAACAAAGUGCCGACCGACAAUGGACACAAAGCCACUGUUCCAAUGUACAUUCGCAAGUCCCAGUUCAGACUGCCAUUCAAGUCCAGCAACCCUGUCAUCAUGAUAGGCCCAGGCACAGGCAUCGCUCCAUUCAUGGGCUUCAUUCAGGAACGGGCCUGGCUCAAACAGCAAGGUAAGGAAGUGGGAGAAACUGUGAUGUACUUUGGCUGUCGUCACAAGAAUGAAGACUUCUUGUACCAGGAGGAGCUGGAGGCGUUUGAGAAGGAAGAAGUGCUGACGCAGCUUAACGUGGCCUUCUCCAGGGACCAGGAAAAAAAGGUUUAUGUGCAGCAUCUUCUGAAGAACAAUAAGGAAGAAGUUUGGAGGCAGAUUCAUAAAGACAAUGCACACAUUUACAUCUGCGGGGAUGCCCGUAACAUGGCAAGGGAUGUGCAGUCAGUCUUCUACGAGAUAGCAGAGGAGCUAGGCGGCAUGACGCACACCCAAGCUGUAGAUUACAUAAAGAAACUGAUGACCAAGGGACGUUACUCUCAAGACGUCUGGAGUUAAACGUGUUCCCCGUGCUCUUCAAUAUUAUUUUUACAGAUUUCAUUGUUUCGGAGGAGUGCUUUAAACAUGUAUGUAAUCUUUGGAUUAUAGUAGAGAAAAACCUUGGGCACGCAGACUUAUAGCUCACUCACGGUAGUUUGGAGCUGGUGCUUAUAUUCUGGCAGUUGCCUGCAGAUUCUUACAGUGUACAUACAUACAGUCUUAGUGUGUGUAAUAUAUUCUCUUUCUGAUUUAACGCCUUACAGAAUGCAGCUCAUAAAAGGCACUGAGGUCUUCUUUUAGCAUAUGUGCAGAAUGUUGAAUGUUUUUAUGUGGGACCAUGAAACUAAUUAUGGAAUAGUAUUAGUGCAGGGCUGCUCAAUGUAGUCUUUCACUUUAUGCAUAGAAUUUGAUAUGACUAUCUUUGCAAUCUGCAGUAGCCACUAAUUUAAUAAGCCUGUUAAUGCAGCUGAAAAUGUAGUGACUUUGGUGAAAAUGCUGGCUGCAAAUAACUCUAAAGAGAUGUUAUGAUUAUGUAGCCCCUUUAGUUAUAGCAAUGCACUUGAUGCUUUAUAUAUAUAUAUAUAUAUAUAUAUAUAUAUAUAUAUAUAUAUAUAUAUAUAUAUAUAUAUAUAUAUAUAUAUAUAUAUAUAUAUAUAUAUAUAUAUGUAGGCUAUUGUGCUUCACUUUUGGAUUCUGCAGGAAUUAAUACAUACGGGCAUCAGAAUUCCUAGUUCUUGACAUUAAUUACGUCUUAUCCCUUCGGUUUCAAUAAAAUGGUCACACACUCACAGCCACACCCUAUAGGAUACUGUGGUACCUCAUUGGAAGUGCGAUGGAGUGAUAUCAUUUCAUGUUCUCAGCUCUAAAGCCUGUUGAGUGGGAAGUUUCUCCUUUUUUCAUUUGAAUGCUGUAGCAUUACACACUCAACUGCAUUAUGUCCUUCCUAUGCAUUUCAGCAGAACGAACAUGACCGCUUACCCUGCUGUUUUGGUCUACAGAUAUUUUGCCAGACUUACAGUUAUCUCAAACCUCAUUCCAGUCUCAUAUUUUACACAGCCACUUGCACAAUAUAAGGGACUGUUGGCCUUUCAGACUUGUUUGUUUACUAGUCAACUCGUGCCUUAUUGAAGAAGUAGUUUGCCUUCUCAUUAUGUAUGGAAUCUGCAGUUGAUUUAAUGAAUUAUUUUGGAAGAGAAUAUGAUGUAAAUUGGUACUGUUGCUGUCACUUAUUUUGUCAGCACCAUACGGUUUUAUAUGCAAUGAAUGUUUCCUAUAUAUUACUACUAUCUAGGCAUGUCUUUUUAAAUUAAUAAAAUUGAACCUGAGAUUUAA